UUAUAUUUCAUCUCACUCUUCUUCGUUGUCUUACUCCCCCUUUGCGCAUAUUAAUUGAGCGGCAUUUUAUUACAUAUCUGGAUCACCUACUCGAUCCGAUUAAGGUAAAUACCUAGCGUCAGCAAGCCACAGUACGACAAACAGCUGCGGACGGCGCAGUCGGCACCUGGUGGAGGACCUUGAAAUAUCCAUUUCAUCUUCCCUCCCUUACUCACCGCAUCCUGCAUCCCGCGCCUAUCUAUUUCUCACCUACAGAUAGGAAUUACAGAACUUCCGGUUGUAUGCCCGAGCUUCCUCUAAAGAGCUGUUGUCAUACUCGAUACUUACUUGAUCAUGGGUUCUGAAACUCCACCGGCUGCUGGCUUGCAUUUGCAUCCCUACAACCCUCAGCACGAAGAAACUCUUCAUUCUCGGUCCUCAACGCAUACACCAGUAUCACGGCCUCAUUCUAUUCGUCAUUCAAUUCACUCACACCACGAAGCUACUAGCACGGGUGUGGAAGCUAUGAGUGAGAAUAAUGAUCACGCUACGGCUCGCCACCCGUUUGCCACGGGUACAGAUGUUGAAUCUCAAUCUGGAACUAUACGCUACCGAGACAGCGAUCCGUUCAAUUUAUCUUCGGCCUUGAAAACUACCGAACAAAUUGACGAGAUCAAAGCUAAUACCACCCGCAAGCGUACAACUAAAGGCACAUCCAACAUCAAUAGGUUUGUGCCUAACUUGCAGGCACAGAAGGUUCAGAGCUUUUACCUCGAUCAGAAUAAGAGAAUCGAGCAGUUUCUCAAGUCAGUUGAUGAGCACAAGGCCGAAGCUUUGCAGGAGGCUGGAGACGAUCACCUGCGACAUCAGAUCGCCGUUCAUGGCUCAUUUGCAGCCAAUGUGAUCUUGGCCAUUUUGCAGUUGUACGGAGCUAUUUCUUCCGGCUCCCUUUCCCUCUUUACUACGAUGGCCGAUUCCAUCUUUGACCCGUUGAGCAACGCACAGUUGAUACUUGUCCACUCAGCCAUGAAACGUGUGGAUCCCAACCGCUUCCCUUCCGGCAAAGCACGUCUAGAGUCCGUCGGCAACAUCACAUUCUGCUUUAUGAUGAUAGCUGUAUCCCUCAUUCUCAUCGCUUUCUCGUGUCAAGACAUCUCCAACCGUAUUGGAUCGGGUGAAGUCAAUGCCUUUCACUUCCCGUCAGUUAUAGCAGUGUGUGUUGCUUUCGCGACGAAAUUGGCCUUGUUCUUCUACUGCUGGGGUAUCAAGGACAAGUAUAGCCAAGUGGAUAUUUUAUGGCAAGACCACCGCAAUGACUUGCUCAUCAACGGCUUUGGUGUAUUGACAUCUGUGGGCGGCUCCAAGCUUGCCUGGUGGCUUGAUCCUAUGGGUGCCAUCAUUUUGUCAGUACUCAUCAGCUGUAUUUGGGGGCAUACCGCGUUUGGCAAUUUCAUGGAUCUAGUUGGCAGGGCAGCUCCUAUCGAGAUGCAUCAGCUAAUUACGUACGUCUGCGUCACGUACUCGCCCGCUAUUUUGGGCAUCGACACUGUUCGGGUAUACCACUCGGGACCCCGACUCAUCGCCGAGAUCGAUAUUGUCAUGGAUCCCGAUGAAUGCCUUAGAAGCACCCAUGACAUUUCGGAGCAACUGCAGAUUGAGCUAGAGAAAUUACCGAAUGUGGAGCGAGCCUAUGUUCAUGUCGACUACGAGACUACACACAAGCCAGAGCACACUUACAAGAAGGACCUUUGAUUGCGCACAUAGGCGUAGGGGUGAAAACACACAAAAGGCCGUCGUAUGCAUAUUAGACGUUUAUGAUACAUCAUGGAAUCCCUACUCAAUAUGAUAGAGGAGGGUCGAGUCAGUAUUUCAUUUCACCAUUAGCUUUGUGAAAAGAAAAC